GAAGAGAUAUAGGUUAUAUACAUCCUAGGCUAGGAUUUGAAGGUCGCCUCCCGGUUUACCGAAAAAUUAUAUCACGUGCAAAAGGAAAGAGGGAUGAUGUGAGGGCGAAUCCUUCUCGGCGUCUUCUCCACUCGCCCUAAGAUGGAUCGCCGAUCCUGCAUUCGUAUCCGGUAACCGCGCGAACGUCCGUCUUCCGGCUUCGCGGUAGAGGUUAACUCCUCCGUCCGAGCCGCCCAAAAUCGAAAAUGGCUGUGGAGUUUCUGAUGAAUCGGCUCAAGGCCUUGUUCGUGCUGCUUUUCGGGAUAUUUAAGCGCGCGAUGUGCUGUCUGCGACGUCGAAGACGAUCGUCCUGCGACUCCGUGCCGCUGUCCACAGUUGGCGUGGUGCCAAACGCCCUGACUAGCUCGACGGAAUUAGAGCAAUGGGAUAAAUGGGAAGAAAAUCCAGUUGUAGUUAUACCAGACAAACCAGUUAAUACGGUGCAAGCGAAAAUAGAACAGUACCGCCAACAAGUGAUUAAGUCUCCUGAAACACCUACUGAGGAACAACUUAAUUUUUUCGAGGACAUGACUCCCAAAAUUACUAGGCAGACAAAGAUUUUAAUAAAAGAUAAGCAUGCAGAUGGCUCGUCUCACAGCACUGCGAAAUUCUCGGCCAUGGAUCCUGUUCCGACUAAUGAAUUGGAAGAAUGGGAGGAAAAUGCUGCCAGUUGGGAAAUGGAUGCUAUGGAAGAUUUGAAUGAUGCUACCAAAGUGCUGCGGGAACAAAGAAGAAGAGAGCGAGAACAGCGGUUGAUAGAACAACAACAAAAAAGGCUAGAACGUACCACAAAACCGCAACCCUUGGGUGCAAAACUAUGUUCCUGAUGCAAGAUCACAAAUAUGUGGGGAUUAAUAUCAAAAUACAAUAAUGUACAACUUUUAAUGGGAUACAUACUGGAUAUUUUUAAUAUAGAAAUUAAUACAUUCAUAUUAACUCUCUAUCCCUUGAUGUAACUUUUGAAGUUCGUGCACGUAUCACUUUUACUAUUUUUUCCACUUUGUUUUUAUGUUUAUCAAAUAUGAAUUUUUUCAAACUUAUAAAAAACUUGUUCUCUAAAUCUUAUACUUUCGAAAAGUUCAGAGUUUAUUAACUUUUAUAUACUAACCUAUUUAGUUUUCCAAAAGAAAGCAUUAGAGAGUUAAUUGUGAAAAAAAAACGCAAUACAUUUAUUUUAAAGUAACAAAGCUGCAUUAAUGUAUUACGUUGAGACAUUAUCUUACUAUUAUCUUAAAAGAUUGAUUUGUUUUGUUAUACCAUGUUUUUUAUCGGAGCGUGCAAAAUAGUGGACAUUUCAGUAUUGAAAUAUUCACAUGUCGAUUUCUCUUAAUUUGGUAAAUGUAAACGAGAGAGAAUAAUGUGUGUGUUAAGCAGUGUCGAUGCAAUCGUUCCUUCUAAAAAUAUUUAUAAACAUUCCAUAUGAAUUUCGAGUGUGAUGUGUCUGAGCUCUUAUAUAAGCAAAACAUCCAUUUUGUAAGUUUAUAAUAAGUAUAUAUAUUAGUCAGAUGGUACCUGUCUCUUUAUCAAUAUUUUUAUUGUUUUUACAAGCUCGUAAUCUUCGUAUGAAUCUUAGAAGCUCAAAACUCAAAUACUGGAAAAUGAGACAGAUGUUAGCGCAAUGCUUCGAAUUGUUAAAUUCUUUUCAUGUUUUUGUUAUUCAUGCACAAUUGCCGAGAAAAUGGCAAGAAUGGAUUUCAAAGUAUUUCAUAAUAAAAAAAAAUAUAUUUACAUUUGAAUUUGACAAUACCCGACACUUAAAAUGUUCUAUGUAUAUCUUAUGUAUUGAGUUUGAAGGAUGUUUCAAUCAAGUAACUGUUGCAUAACGCAAUUGCACAAUGCAAUUUGUUGGCAGAUGAGAUCUAUUAUGUCACCAUGGAAGAAAUCGGAUCAUUGAGCAACUGAGGAAGAGCAAUCAAAGAAAAAAAUUUUUAAGUGAUUCCCAUUAAUUUAAUCGAUAAUUAACAUGUCAAAGAAUAUGACUCCCAUUAGCUUAAUCAAUAAUUAAUGUAUUAAGUAAUAUAUUAUUUUAAUAACUUAA